AUGUCUGAUGUGAUGUCUUCAAAAAGUGCUAGCAACCUACCACUUGGCAGCAAUAUUAGCUUUUGCACACUGGGAAUGUUCAUUAUCGAUGAGAUUGAGUUUCCAGCCCCUCGGCCACUACUAAAAAACAUCAUCGGAGGUGCUGGUGCCUAUGCCGCUGUUGGUGCGCGAAUGCUAGCGGGAAAGGGAACAUUCCCGGUCAACUUCCGGUAUCUUACACCAAAACUUCGCUUGGAUCAUAACUCUCUUUCACAAUCUCAGGUAUUCUCCAGGUCAUUCCACAUGGUCUGCUCCUCUGAGCGCUGCUGUCAGAUUGUCGAGGGGAUACUUCAGAGACGGGAAGAGAUUUUGCAAAGCAAGCAGGUUGAACCAUCUAUUGCCGAGCAGCGUCCAAUUUUUGUGUGGGAGCCGGUGCCGGAUUCCUGCCACCCAAAGGAGCUUCCAAUGUUCUAUAAGGCUCUGAAAUAUGUAGACGUAGUCAGCCCGAAUGACCUUGAAUUCGCUGCCAUGUUUGGGAAUGAAUCAUGGAAUUACGGAAAUAGCAGUGACCGAGCCAUAGCGGACGCCAUUGUGAAAUCCGGAAUUGGACAAGACGGAAGUGGAAUACUUGUGGUCAGAGCAGGGAAGGAUGGCUGCUAUGCGUUCUGCGGAGAUCUUUCUUUGCAUAUUCCAUCGUAUCGUGGUCUGAAAGUGGUGGAUCCAACAGGCGCCGGAAAUGCUUUUCUUGGAGCCCUAUCUCAGGCGCUCGUUAGCAUUGACCGAAAUGCUCCUGAAGCUGUUGUGGCUACACUUAUGGAAUCCGAAGAAUGGGCAUCCGUUAUCAACGCAUGGGGAGAGCACGGGCGGAUUCCGGCAGCGUUGGUUUGUGCAACUGUGGCGGCUAGUUUUGUAAUCGAACAAGUAGGGAUGCCAAAUAUAUCCUAUUCCGACGGAGAAGAGGAGUCAUGGAAUGGCGAAAGUUUUAGAGCACGGCUCCGGCUGUAUACGAAGCAACUUCAUCACACCAAGGCCUUGGAAAAAUAA